CCGCCUCAAAUGUAUUGCGGUUGAAAAUUCCUCGCAGCAGUGGAGAUUUCUGCACGAGUUCUUCUUCGUCGCUGUUGGACUUCGCUCUUUCGACGGCGUUCCCUUCCUGUUGGAGCGGAAGUUACGGCAUUUUUUGAUCGGAAGCAACAACGGGAGCUCGCUUGCUGUGAAGGCAACAGGAGUCUUUUAGAUCGAAAUGAUCUACACUGCAAUCGAUAACUUCUACCUCACUGAUGAAGAGCUGAAGAAUUCCCCUUCGAGGAAAGAUGGCAUCGACGAGGACACGGAGACCAUGUUGCGGAUCUAUGGGUGCGAUCUCAUUCAGGAGAGCGGUAUUCUUCUCAGAUUACCCCAAGCAGUCAUGGCCACUGGGCAGGUCCUCUUCCACCGGUUCUACUGCAAAAAGUCUUUUGCCCGCUUCAGUGUGAAGAGGGUAGCAGCUAGCUGUGUUUGGCUGGCCUCCAAACUUGAGGAGAGCCCUAGAAAAGCAAAGUAUAUUCUUAUGGUCUUUCACCGAAUGGAGUGUAGAAGGGAGGGCUUACCGAUAGAACAUCUUGAUGUCAUCUCUAAGAAAUACUCAGACUUGAAAAAUGAUUUGAUUAGAACAGAGAGACAUUUGUUAAAGGAGAUGGGCUUUAUCUGCCAUGUGGAGCAUCCUCACAAGUUCAUCUCAAACUACUUGGCAACACUAGGAGCCCCUCUUGACCUUAGGCAGGAAGCUUGGAACCUUGCUAAUGACAGUUUGAGGACAACUUUGUGCGUUCGCUUUAAGAGCGAAGUUGUAGCGUGCGGAGUUGUAUAUGCCGCAGCACGACGAUUCCAGGUUCCUCUUCCCGAAAAUCCACCUUGGUGGCUUGUAUUUGAUGCCGAUCAGGCUGGAAUUCAGGAAGUUUGUAGAGUUCUUGCUCACCUCUACAGUCUCCCCAAGGCACAGUAUCUACCAGUCUAUAAAGAUAAUGAUUCUUUCACAUCAAUCAACCGGAUUCCAAAUCCACAAUCUCAUUUUUCCAAGGAAAGCCCUGUUAAUGGAAAUGCUAAUGGCUCCAGCACUCCCAAGGAAUAUAAUAGUCAGGAUGGUAGCAGCUCUUCAAAGGAUGCGAUAAUAAAAGCAGCUUUAGACAAAUUAAAGGAAUCCAAGAAGAGCGAUGAGGAUAGUAAAACCAUGGCUGAUACUAAAGAAGAUGAUACUGAAAAAUCAAAGAGUGACUAUAAAUCAGAUGGUAAUGCUGAGAAGAAUCGUGAAAGAGAUCGAGAGAGGCUGAAAGUAAGAGAACGUGAUCGUGAUAACAGGGGUCGGGACUCGGAUCGUGAGAGCAGGGGCAGAGACUCUGAUAGGGACAGGGACAGGGAGAAGGAGAGGAGUCAUCGCUCCAAAGACAAAAGCUCAGGACACUCGGAAAAACCAAGGCAUCAUUCAUCGCGGGAUCGAAGCGAAUAUCACAGUUCACAGUCCUCUCGAGACAAAGAUCGUCAUAGGCAUCAUGCAUACACAUGAAGCUGAAGCAUGAAUCACUUGAAAGCAACUGUAUCAUUAGAAUUCAACAGCUGAAAAGACACAAAUAACUAUAUACUUACAACUUCAAAGUGCAGUUAUUGUAUAUUCAGAAGUGUAUUUGAGAUGGUUGAUUAUUAGGCUCUGAACUAAUAUUUUCCUGGCUUGUAGUUUUGAUGAGUUUAUCCAUACUGUUUAACAUACAAUUAUUUCUGCUA